UUAAGAGAGUUGUGUGAGCGGGGGGGAGAGGAGGGGUAGCUUUUCUGGCGUUUGGGGGUGGAAGGGGUCUGUUCCAUGUCCUAAGCCCCUUCCGCAGAACUUAGUUUUGCUGUCAAACUCGCCCCGCUUUUCCCUCAUCUGUGUUUUUGGGUUUGUUUCAGAGAAUGCUUUAAAAAAAUACAUGGAAAAUGGGGAUAAGGUAAGAUGUGCUAGCCUUGAGGAGCUGUAACACGUGAUGCUGAUUUCUGUAUAAAGGUGAUGAUUACACUGCUGGUAAAAUGCGUGUUUUACCCCCAAUGCUGCAACCUAACUUUUCCGUAGGGAAGGCUGGUGAGGAAAUGCAGUGAGCAGUGCACUUGUCUCAGACGCUUGUUUCUGUUGCACGCUAUGUGUCUGGUAGGUCAGCAGCUAGAUUUUUCACCUGUUUGGCAGUUAAUGUUACAAAAGGCACUUAUCUUUCUUAAUGCAUUUAUUAUUGUUAUUAUUAAAUGUUGUAAUUGUCAGGAAGGCUACAGCCUCUAGCUUUUCUAGAGGGUCUAGAGAAUGCACUAACAAUGCAGAACAAUCCUUUAGUUGCAAAUUUGGAAACACUGAAUUUUCAACUUGUAGGUGGUUUGUUUUGAAUUACAUUAAUGAGCCAUAGGAAAAGAAGGCAGGAUAUGAAUUUUUCAUUUAUUCCCAUGCAUCAUAGCAGGGUCUGCUAUGUGAGUGAGGGAACUGAGAGAUCUUUAUACAGCCCUUUUUGAAGACCUCCACUGUUGGAGGUAGGACAGUUCCCCCACAACUUACUUGAAAGCUUAUUAAGAAAAAUUGUGUAAAUAUAAGGAUAGUGUACUUAAAUCCUCUCUCCAAUAACUUGAAUUUCUAGUCACAUCUAUAAAUGACUUUGGGAAUUACUUUAUUUUUGUUUUCAGCUGACUUCUAUGUUUGUUUGGUGUUUGUUUUGCUUUUAAUCAGGUGUCAUCUUUAACUUAAACACUUCCAGUUAUUUUAAAGUUUUAUAUUACGCAUUUAAGCUCUGAUCAUUCUCGAUCCUGUUCUCUGGACUCAUUCCAAUUAGUUUAUGUGCUUGACUCAGUUUGAAGGGCAGUACUCAAAACAGGAUAGCGUACUUCAGCUGAAUUCUAAGCAGUAGCAUGGGAGACUUUAUGUGCCAUUCAAGCUUUAUUUAUGUUUAUACAGCCUGGUAUAAUAGCAUGUUACUGGUAUAUCCAGCUUCUGUUCCAACAUAGUCUCCAAGUCUCUUCUGUUCAACUGUUACCUACUAAGUUGUUCCCCUUCCAGUUGAUUAUUAUUUGUAAAUAGAAAAUCUUGUGUUUCCUUUCCUUAAAGUGCACUUCCUGGUUUUUGUUUUCUUUUUCCCUGAACCUUCUCUGAUUAGUAAAGGCAAGAUUAAAAUUCAUAAUUUUUUUCCAUUGUGUUUUCAGCUUGUUGCUGUCAUCUGGAAGGCUGAUAAACAUAAUACAUAUUUAAGUAAUACUUGACAUAAGAAGGUCUUCUGUGAACCUUCAGUGGCCUACAUCUUCAUCCUAUUUUUCUGCAUGACCUUGCAGCCGAGAUGAAAAGUAGUGUCAAUUUAGUAUUAAAUCGGGCCCAGUCCAUAAAUUAAAUCUAUAUCUAUUAAAUCUCAUCUGUAACUAGGAUGAGCCCAUGUACUUCCAGGGCUGGCAGAAGAGAGUAUUCCAAGCUUGUCUUUUGUUCUUUGAUCUUUAGCAGCUGUGUGUUUAUUCCUUAGAUGUGCAAGGCACAGAUCACCCUGAAAUAGAUACAGAGAAAUGUCCUUAUUAAAGAAGAUUUGGAAAUAUAUUUGGGCCACGCAGUAACAUCCAUCUUAACACCUUUCUCCUCCUUUUGUAUUGCCUAAGUUUCCCUCGCUUUAGCCUUCAGUCUUUCAUUGGCAGAAGACCACAGUAAGAAGCUCUGCUCUGCUUUUGACAUCCUGUACUACAGAACACUUCUCCUCAUUCAUCAGAUAGAAUCUUUAAUACAUCUAUAAGCUAAAUACAAAAUCCCUUGUGUAAUAUGCCACAGCUGUCUCUCACUUUGGACUUUUUUCUUUGCAUGUCACUGUACUGCUUGAGUACUUUCCUGAUGUGUAAAUUAGAUCUGUAUGACAGCACGUUAGCUAAAAUUCAUCAGUCUUUACAGUUCUUUCUCAGGAGGUUUUCUUUCCCUGCUAAUGGAGGCUGCCUUGAACCACAGCUGUACAGGAAUUUCCAGCACAGCAAAGAAAUAUGCUGCUUUUCUCAGCCUACCUGUCUGUAGCUUCACUGCAGCAAAUGCUUUCUAGUUUGUGCUGCUACAUACUCACUGCAACCUCCCUACCUUCACGUGAUGUAACAACUGGGAGGAAAAAGGGUUCUCCUAAGAGUGUUGUGUGGUGUCAUUCAUUCAAAAGACUGGAACUGAAUAGCUGUUAAAAUUCUGUAGGAAGAGAAUAGGAAAGGAAAAGUUGACUUUCUCAUCUGCUCCACAGUAUUGUCAAGUUCUAUCAAAGGAGUGAGAUUACAUAAUUCCUCAGUGCAAUGACAACCGCAUCAAAGGCAUACAUCCAAGCAUUAUUAAUAAGGCCACAAUUAUAUAGGGUCAUAUCUAUGAGGGAUGGAAGGAUCCUAUCGGAUGACCAGGUUUCUUUCUAUUAAGUGUAAGAAAAAACUUGAUUUACCAGAUAUUUUCAGUCUUCUGUGCACAUCUUGAAUCUCAUCAUAACUUGCUUUCCACUGCAGUAGGCUUUUAUUCUUUGGAAUUACAUUAAAUGGACUUUUCAGGUAUUUCUGAAUUCUUAAAAACUAGGGUACUGCCUCUUUGGGAAGAAGCAGUGCUUUUAGAGACACUGAAAAAAUGUUUUAUUUUUUUUAUUCUGCUGGUAUAUAGAAAGAAUGCAUGAUUUGUGACUUGUAUCAAAAUACCAUUUUUGAGUUUGUAGUAGCAAAAUUAUAGUCAGAAAAAAUGUAUUCUGCAACAGAGUUGUCAGGUGUUCUAGCUAUUAUGCUACUGCUUUAAAGUUUGCUCCCUACAUCACUUUCCCUUUCUAUAUUUACCUAUUACAAAGGUAAUAAUGGUAAGGUAUUUUCAUGCUGUUAUUCAUACUACUCUUGUGGACUGAAAUAUGUCAUCUGCCUUAGAUGCUGCAAUUUAGGAUGGAUGUGACCAAUUGAAAUUAGUCCAGAGACGAUUAAAAAGACCAAUCCUGUCUUUUAAAAAAAGGACCUGUGGGAUUUAAGAAUAUCUCUCCUCUAAGAAAAUUUGCUGCUUCUACAGCCUUCCAUCUUAGUGGGCAAUUGAUGAUUUCACUUGAAAUACUUAUCUGAAGAAAUUAACAGUAGGCAAGGUGUAAUUGCUUUUUAAAAAUGUUAAAAGUACAGCAGUGUGUAACAGCUAACAGGAUACCCAAGAAAAAGCCAUAUAUUUGUGACACUUGCUAUAAACAGUUUGAAACUCCAUCAAAAUUAGCUAGGCAUUAUCUGAUACAUACUGGUCAAAAACCAUUUGAAUGUCACGUGUGCCAUAAAACGUUUAGGCAGUUAGUCCAUCUGGACAGGCAUCAAUUAACCCAUAAUUUGCCUUUUAAGUGUAUUGUUUGUCAUAGGAACUUCAAAAACUUAAUUACUUUCUUGAAGCAUCAGCAGCUUCACAAUGCAGAUUAUCAGAAUGAUAUCAAGCAAGCAGAAAAAUCUGUGGAUUCUGAGCAAGACAGGGUCGUUUGUGGCAUAUUUCGAUGUUCUGUGUGCUGGAAGUCUUUUACAACUGAAGAGAGGUGGAUGCUGCAUCAGUGCCUCAAGGCAGAUCAUCUACAUGGUACCAGAAGGAGAAAGAAAACUCAUGCUUGUGAAUCGUGUAACAAGACAUUUCCUUCAAGAUCUAAGCUAGAAAGACACUUCCUUAUUCACACUGGCCAGAAACCUUUUAAGUGUUCUUCAUGUGGUAAAUCUUUCAGACAGUCAACCCAUUUGAAAAUCCAUCAACUCACACACACGGAAGAAAGGCCUUUUCAGUGCUGCUUUUGUCAGAAGGGGUUUAAAAUACAGAGCAAGCUCAUGAAGCACAAACAGCUCCAUGUCAGAAAUAAGAAUGUGCCCAAUAUCAUAUACAAAGGAAAGACUCACAAAUAUCUCAGACCGCAGAAACUGUUGGAAGGAAAGAUGGAUAGUUUUGAGAAUGACCCUUACAAGUCCCAGGAGAAUGACCCACGUGAUGUUCGUUCAAUUUAUAUUGUACCCUUUCAGUGCCCAAUGUGCAAACAGUGUUUUGAAACAGAGCAGGUUCUAAACUUGCACAGAUGUUACCUGAGAGAUGGCAAAAGUUCAAAUAACUGCACAACAGCUUUCAGCCACGCAGUCAGCAUGAAAAAUAGGAUCCUGAUGAAGCUGAAGCAUACUGGAGGAAAGGCAUCAGAUUUUUCUGUGACUGGCAGAAAAAAAAUGAAAUCAGGUUACUUUAAAAGUCCUGACCUGGUUGCAGUUAGAAAUCAGCGUUCUGAUAAGAAUGCUUCCACUAAAUUUUUCAAGGACUGCUGUAGCAAGCUUGACAUGCACAAAGCAGUUAGUAAUCGGACAAAAAGAAUAUUUGCCAUGCCAUUAUCUUGGCAAGAGCAUCUACAACCUCUCGAAGUAGGAAUUAAUUUAAAAGGUAUGCUUACCAGUGAGCGCAUGUUAAACAUCGAUGAUUCAGUGCAUAAUAAGGAUGAUGCUUUUUAUGGUUCAUCAGAUGAUGGCUUCUUUGAUAACCCAGAAGUACUUCACUGUGCUUUUUCAGCUCCUACUAAAAAUAUACAUAGCAGACACAAAGUGUGUAAAUGUGACAGAUGUGAAAAAAUCUUUCCAUCUUCAUCCAAACUUCAAAGACAUUAUCUUAUACAUACGGGACAGAAGCCCUUUGGCUGUAAUGUUUGUGGGAAGACAUUUAGACAGUCAGCUCACUUAAAAAGACAUCAGCUCACCCAUACUGAAAAGAACCCCUAUAAAAGCUCUGUUUGCCAGGUAGAAUUUGAAAAUCUGAACAAACUUUUCAAUCAUCAGGGAGAUCACAUUGAAUUUAAGUCUUCUCAGCCUGUGGGUUAUUCGGGUUAUUCUCAAACACCUUCACAGGCAGCUGGCUUUCAAGAUUUUGAGCUGAUUCAGUCAAACCAAGCAGCUGAAAUCAAAGUUGAAAUUGAGUCAGGGGACUUUGUUCUUGACACCAGUAGGAGAAACACACAGCCGUAUUUGUGUAGUAAAUUGUUGGAAACAGAGCAAAGCUGCUACAGUUAUUGGCAUGAUUUUUCUGACGGGACUGAAAAAAGUGAUGUUAAGAAAGUGUAUCAGUGCAGUAUCUGCUUUAAAACUUUCAAAUCACCUUCUAAGCUUGAAAGACAUUACCUAAUGCAUGCUGGACAGAAGCCAUUUGAAUGUUCAGUUUGUGGUAAAAAUUUCAGACAGUCCCCACAUUUGAAGAGACAUCACCUUACUCACUUUAAAGAAAGAUUAAAGCUGAGUUCCACUGAGCAACAACAAGGGAAUGUAUUGUUUUCAUUGAAACUGGAUACCGUCCCAUGAAACUAUAAACUAACAUUUUUGUUUGCAUAAUUAUUAAAAGGCUUAUAUUACAUUGAAUAAUUGACUGAAAAGGAUUAUCUUUUUAUGUUAUGGAGAAGACCUGAUAAAGAGUUAAUUUGCUGUCUUCAGAACUGUGUACUUGAUUAUAAUAUGUGAUGACAGUGAGAUAAUGGUAAAAAAAAAAAAAAAAAAAAAAGCAAAAAAGCAAUAAAAAGGUACUUUGCAUUUCUUUUCUUUAAAUGUAUUUAUAAAUAAACAUUCUUAGAGUAUUGAUGGUGUUGCAGCAAUCUGCAGAGCUCCCUACCUUUUCCUGUGUAGUAUUAUUAUGACACUGCCCAACAAUAAUGAUCCAAAAGUAACGAUAAAAAGGUAAUUUCCAGAAUGCAGGAAAUGGUCCUUUUACUUUCUUCUGGCUUCCUGUACAUUGCAAACAAAUAUGCAAGUGUUGCAUAUGUUUGCUGUAUUUAGUUAAUGCUUUAAAAGCAAGCAAACAAAAAAAACCUGUUACAUUUAGAUGAAGAAGAUGCAAAAAAAGAACAAAGUUGAGGAAGUGGGGAAGAAUGUUUAAUAAAAAAACUUGAACAGCAUUAUAGAACAGUUAAUAAAGAGAAAAAUGAACUGGAUAUUUGCAAUAUGCUUGGAAAUCUGUGGGUGAGGAAUUACAUUUUUACCUUAUUUAUGGUAAAAUAUGAUUAGACUGCUAAAGUAGCAGGGCUGAUAAUCAUUUAAUCCCUUUUAUCACUUCGUUUCUACUUCUUGCAACAUCUUGCUUUUCCAAGUUUUCUCUCUUUUUUUUUUUUUUGCCAAUUCAUGCUAUACUGAAUUUUCUACACGAAAAGAGGGCAAGAAAUUAUAAUGAAUAUUACACAUACAGUUGCUAUCUGUUCCUUCUGACGUGUAUUGCACCAGUAAAGAGUGUUCUCUUAAGUUGUGACAAUAGCUCAGACAACCAGUUUUGUUGGGAAGUCAUGUUCUUGUUACAUUAAAUAUUAGAGACUGAAAAUGACUUAGCUCAAAUUAAGUAUUUCUGGUUUUGUGUUAAUAGAGUCUGUAGUUUUACUUCUGGUAAGUAGAGAGCUUUGCCCAUUGUGCCUGUGGGGCUGGCAAAAAGUGUAAGUGCAGUGGAGCUUUAUUCAUCAAGAACAAGAAUGAAAUUUGUUUUUCUCUAAAGAAACUACCUUUUACUAUAUUUUCCUUUGUUACACAAUUUCUGAAUAUUUGAAACAUGAAAUUUUUUAUUCUAUAUCUAAAUUAAUAUAACUGUAAAAUACAUUCUUUUCACUAUUUAAAUAGAUAUGUAUUUAUUUAAGUAAACUUUUUUUUUUUAUUAUUAUUAUUUCUUGAAGCAAUUUAUGUAGGUCUUGCUGUGGCAUAAGCUUUAUAGUAUUUGGUAUAAAUGAAGGAGUUCUUAUUUUAGUUUUGUGUAUUAUUCUUUCCUAUUUUGAGAGAGAAUACAGCUAAGGAAGAUUCAGUUACUAUGAUUUUUGUAUGACAGGCUAAUUCAGUAUCUUAAGAAUGACAAUAUAUUGAGAUUUUUUUUCUCCCCAUGUGAAUUGUUUCAUAUUGAAAGAGAAUACUGUAUAAGAUGCUUUGAAAGUGUAUUGUAGAGCUCUUGUAAUAAACUAUUUUAUUUAUAUUGCA